UACAUUUCAACGAAUUGUCUACAAUGUCGUCCCGUUACCCACCUCAAAGUAGAAUGCCAACUUUGGUGCCACAGAGAACAGAGAGGUUAUGGUACCCUCGACAGAAUGGAGUUGAGCACAUGCAAGAUGAAUUACAACAAGAAGAACUGGCCUAUCAACGUUUGCAAAAAAGUAUACAGAAAUCAGGAACGCAUUUCAUACCUCCAGGCUUAUCAAAACCAUUUGUGGACCUUGAGGAAGAGCAGGAGGAAGAUGAGGAGGAGGAGGAAGAAGAAGAGGAAGAAGAAGAGGAAGAAGGGAUAGAGUAUGAGGAAGCACUUGAUGGAUAUGACAAUGGCGAUGGCUACGGUGAUGGCUAUGGUGAUAGUGAUAGUGCAUUGAUACAAGAUUUGGAUCAGACUCUAGACAAUGAGGAUUUCCAGGACUUGGAUCUGGACCUAGACCUUGAUAACCUGGAUAUGGAUAUGGAUAUGGACUUGGGGCUUAAUCAUGAGCAUCUUCAAGUGGAUUAUCUUAGAGAACCUAUAUCGCCGUCUAUGAUAUCGACAAGAGUAACAAGAGCAACAGAAGCAAUGGCAACAGGAUCAGCAUUACCGUCAGUAUCAGCAACAGUGCAGUCCCCAAAUUCCCCAUUUCCUUUAACAUCCUUUGCGGACGAGUUGGAUCAAGAUAUCUUGGACAUUUUAGACGACCAAAGUGAAGCCGAACAAGAGGAUUCUGAUCAAGCAGCCAUGAUGUUGAUGAUGGAUCGUGAUCUGGAUGCUGAGGUAGAGGAAGCGGACCUUUAUGCAACUGAUAGUGAUCUUGAACAUCAGAAAGAUUCAUCAUUAUAAAUACACCAUAAUAUAUAUAUAUAUAUUUUUUAAAAAAAAAGUAAAAUAAUAAAACAUGCCUUCUCUG